UUCAUCAAAGUUAUAUUGUUAAAAACUAUUCUAGUUGCAAACAAAAGAAAAUGAACACUGGCGAGCAAGCUUCUCUUUCACCAGACUUCUUUUUUCGCCAGCUGUUUGACACCGAGAGUAGUACUUACACGUAUCUGCUGGCUGAUGUCACAUCAAAAAUAGCUGUUUUAAUUGACCCAGUGUUGGAACAUGCAGAGAGAGAUGCAAAAUUGAUAAAUGAACUUGGUUUCAGCCUCAAAUAUGCAAUGAAUACUCACAUGCAUGCAGAUCAUAUCACUGGUACUGGAGUACUCAAGAAGAUGCUACCAGGCUGUAAAAGUCUCAUUUCCCGCUGCAGUGGUGCCAUGGCAGAUGUGUAUGUGGACCCCUGUGAUAAUGUGCAAUUCGGCAGCCAUUGCCUAUCAGUUCGAAGUACUCCUGGCCAUACCAGCGGAUGUGUCACGUAUGUGUGUGAAAGUCAAGGUCUGGUGUUCACCGGAGAUACUCUGCUGAUACGAGGCUGUGGCCGCACAGACUUCCAAGAGGGUGAUGCAGCAACUCUUUACAACUCUGUACAUACUCAGAUAUUUACCCUUCCUGACAACUUCAAAAUUUAUCCUGCUCAUGACUACAAAGGUCAAACGUGCAGUACAGUCCUUGAAGAGAAGACAUACAAUCCUCGACUGACAAAACCAAAAGCAGAAUUUAUAAAACUGAUGAAUAAUCUCAAUUUGCCCUAUCCAAAGAAAAUUGAUAUUGCUGUUCCCGCUAACAAAUGUUGUGGAAUUCAACAAGAUUGAGCUGAAGUGUAAAAUUAAUAAUUUGUUGUUAUAACUUUUGUAUUAAAUUUUUGUUGGUUUUGGUCAUCUA